CCGCAGGAGAUGUCGCCCAGGAGGACUGUUCGUACGGGCCGCAAAUUGUUUACAAACAAAAUUUACUUCGAACCUAGGGAAGAAGGGCAAGUCUUUGGAAGCAAUGGGAAAGACACUGGCAAAGAGUUUGUUGCUCGUGUGGCCACCACACUCGAUGUGCAUUUAUAAGCGCUUCAUGUUGUUGUUCGCUUUCCCUCGUCGCCGGGAUUGGUGUGCAAGCGUUUGGCCACCUCUUUUCGUGUGGGUGUACACGUUCAAGACUUGGGAAGUGUUUGUAUAUACGCUGUGGCAAGAUGGCUAUGAACGAUGGCCUUUGCCAGAUUCGGCGAUUGCUGGUGGAACGUGCUGAUGCCAAGCUGUGACAGUUGGAUUGAGUGGCCAUAGCAGACGAUUAGCUCUAGGAGCUCGAAAGCUUAAUAGUGCGUCAAGUAAUAAGAAUUAAAACUGUUCCAUUGUUAGUUGAUUCGUGCCUCUAAAUGUGAUCUUCUGUACAAGUAGUGCAUUGAAUGAUCGUUUCAUUACUCGUUUCGGUGAUCAUCGUUACAUUGUGGUAACGUGGGAAUUAUUUUCCGUUUGCUGUCGUCAUUUUAAUUACCGUAUCGUGACACAGGACAUUCACCUAGCUGCCCUGCCCCGUGUAAAAACAGACUAUCAGACCGGUAACCACGGUAACUUCGCAUCAUGAGCAACGUAACCGUAUUGGACGGUGGUUUCGCGACGCAGCUGUCAGUGCACGUUGGUAAAAGCAUCGACGGUGAUCCACUGUGGAGUGCCCGUUUCAAUGCGACCGAUCCGAAUGCCGUGUUCAAGACACAUUUGGACUUUUUGGAGGCGGGCGCAGAAGCCAUCAUGACCAACACCUACCAGGCCAGCAUUGAAGGAUACGUGGAGUAUUUGCAUCUGAACGAAGAUACGAGCCUGAAUUUGAUCAAGUCGACCGUUCGUGUAGCGCAGAUGGCUCGUAAUCACUUCCUCGCGAAGGCUUCCGUUGACGAACGAAGAAACAUCCCGCUGCUGGUGGCUUCGAUUGGUCCGUAUGGAGCACAUUUGCACGAUGGGUCAGAGUAUACGGGACGCUACUCGACCGAUGUUUCUAUGGACACCAUCCAGAAGUGGCAUCGUCCGCGCAUUGAUGCGUGUCUUGAGGCGGGUGUAGAUGCGCUUGGUAUUGAAACAAUCCCCUGUAAGAUGGAAGCUGAAGCCUUGCUGGACAUGAUGUGCGACGAAUAUCCGACAGUUCGGUUCUGGAUUUCGUUCCAGUGCAAAGACAAUCAACACCUAGCCAAUGGGGAGCUAUUUAGCGAAACGGUCAAUUCCCUCUGGACGAAGGCUAGAUUGAGACGUAACAAGAACCUGCUAGCGCUCGGCGUGAACUGUGUUCAUCCACAGAUCGUAACACCUCUGUUCCGCAGUGUGAACGAGAAGAAACUGCCCGAAUCCCGCAUUCCCCUCAUCGUCUAUCCCAACUCUGGCGAAGUCUACACCGUGGAGGAUGGCUGGCAAGGUAGAGAGGACUGUGUCCCGCUGGAACACUAUGUGCCACAAUGGAUUGACCUGGGUGCACGAUUUAUUGGCGGAUGCUGCCGAACGUAUGCACGCGAUAUCAAGCGCAUCAAACAGACUGUGAUCGAUCACGCCAACACCAAUCAUUGCCAUUGAAUCUGUGCCCUUCUCCAACCAGAUGCAAUCGGCCAACAACAUUAUCCUUACCAUGACCUAAUAGUUCUCUUGUUGACGCAAUGUUGAAAGUUUUUAAGAUGUUUUUCAUCUAUUUUAUAACUAUUUUUUGUUCGUGCAUUAUUCAAAUGUUGUGUAAUUUGUUAUGUUAACGUGUUUCUUCUUGUAAUGUACGCGGUGCGUGCAAGUUGAUAAUGAAAUAAAUAUGACGUGUAAUAUAAGCAAACUUUAUUGAUAAAGCAACAUUUAUUACUCACAUUAUUAGAUUUAUAUCUUUAGCAAAACGAUAAUAGAAAAAAAGUACAUUUAAUUUGUUGUUUUACAUAAAUGUUUGCUUUAUUUUGUUGUUUCACUUUCUCUUAACCUUUCUAUGAUACAGACCAUUAUCGAUAAACUGUGUUUUCGUCACAUUUUCUCGCUUCUGCUCCACCGCACUACCACAUUCCCGCGCCGCGGAUCGAAACUAAUCUAUUCACAUGUCGGGUUUUAGAACCGCUUUUCGUGAUACAUUUCAUGUGUUUUCCCGUGUGUUUUUUGUGUGUGUGUGUUUUUUUAAAUAUUUUUGUUUAAGUAAGAUUGAAUUGUAUGUAAGUGAAGUUAUGCGCCAUUUACACGUUCUAGCGUUCCGGAAGGUUGUAACGUUGUAAUAGGAAGGAAAUAAAUAUACAAUUUAACUCACAUACACACCCGCUGUACUGG